AUGGAUGGUAUUCAAGCUAAACUUAAGUAUUAUAAUGCUUUAGCUGAUAAGGAACUUUCUAAAUAUGAACAGCUUGACAAAUUGGAAAAAUAUACCAAUGUUCCAAAGACCUAUAUGGCCGCUGGUGCUGCUGGUGUCGUGUUCUUAUUGAUCUUUUUCAACUUCUGGGGACAAUUAUUGUCUAACCUCAUUGGCUGGGUUUAUCCCGACAAAGCUGACGACACUCAAUGGUUAACAUACUGGACCGUAUUUGGAUUUGUAAAUAUAAUUGAAUUCUUCUCAGACACCAUCCUUUACUGGAUGCCGUUCUAUUACUUAUUCAAAACCGUCUUUUUCCUCUGGCUUUUCCUUCCACCAUUCAAGGGUGCACAAGUCAUUUAUUCCAAAUUCUUGAGACAAGUUCUUUUAACUUAUCAAAAUGAUGUGGAUAAAAAUCUUAAUAAAUUGCAUAAUAAAGUUAAUGAUGCCGCUAGGGACCUCAUGAAAGAAGCUAUUGAUGCAGGAACUAAAGUUGAAUAG